AUUUUAUAUUGAAUGGGAAUAGUUUGCUGUUCAAAUUAAGAAGUUGGGAGAUUGAAUAUUUAACCAAUGAUUCCAUUGAUUCCAACAGAUGAAGCUUCUUUAGAUGAAUAAAAGAUAGUGAAAAUAUAAUCAAGUAUUAGACGUAAUUGAUGAUUAAAUUUCAAGGUUACCUAGCUAAAAGUAAAUAAAAUUAGAAAUCAGAGGCAUCAGCUACAACAGCAGUUUAAGUGAAAUCAAAUGUGAGUGAAUAAAUAGUUUCUAUAAUUGAAAUGAUUCCAAAAGAUGCAUAAAAAGUAGAUUGGCCUUAGAAUUUACUUUAAGCAGUGUUAAAUAAAUUAAAAGAGUUUCCAUGUCUAAUGUAAUUAACAUAGUAAUGUUACUUAAUGAGCGAUGGUUGCUAUUAUUAAGGGCCUUUUGUGAAUUAUUAAAAAGAAGGUUUUGGAAGAUAAAUUGAUUAAGAUGGUUCUUUAUAUGAAGGAACAUUUAAAUAGAAUGUAAAAUAAGGAAAAGGAAGAUAAAUAAGUUGCGAUGGAAGUGUGUAAUUGAUAUAAAAUAAUGUAGAUAUGAAGGAAAUUUUGAUGAUAAUGAAUAUGAUGGUUAUGGCGAAUUUUAAGAUUCUUAUGGAUUUGUAUAUAAAGGAGAAUGGAAGUAGUCAUUAUUUCAUGGAGAAGGUCAUGAAAUAAAUGAUUAAUUCUAAUAUAAAGGAGCAUAUAAAUAAGGACAUAGAACAGGAUAUGGUGAGAUCAUAUAUGUAGAUGGAAAUAAGUAUAUGGGAGAAUUUAAUAAAAAUAGAUAUGAAGGAUUAGGUAUUUUUAUGUAUGCAGAUGGAAGAAAAGUAUACAAUAAAUAUCAUAUAAUUAGUAUGAAGGUGGUUGGAUGAAUAAUCAAAUGCAUGGAAAAGGCACGUUUUCUUGGCCAGAUGGUCGUAAAUAUACUGGAAACGUAUUUAGAUUUAUUUUAUAAAUUAAGUAUCAUUUAGAUCUGAAAGAAGGAUUUGGAGAAUUUUUAUUUGAGAAUGGUAGUAGUUAUAGAGGAAUGUGGAAAUAAGGAAAAUAACAUGGUCAUGGAGUUAUGAUUUCAGAGUUAGGAGAUUAAAGGGAAGGAGAAUGGGUAGAAGGAAGAAGAAUAAAAUGGAGAUGAC